GGCCUGCUGUGGCUCUUCUGCUAGGUUUGAGCCCUGGUCCAGCCCUGAGCAGUGAGCCUCUCACCAUGUCAGCCUGCUGCAGCUGGAAAGAUGUUUUCCAGUAUAAGACAAACAGAGUCACCCAGGUCUACAGCAUGAGUUAUGGCACCAUUAAGUGGAUCUUCCACGUGUUGGUCUUUUCCUACAUCAGCUUUGCUUUGGUGUUUGACAAGCUGUAUCAACAGAAAGAGCCUGUUAUCAGUUCGGUGCACACCAAGGUGAAAGGGAUAGCAGAGGUGAAGGAGGAGAUUAUGGAGAAUGGAGUGAAGAAGGUGGUGCCAAGCAUCUUUGAUUCCGCAGAUUACACCUUCCCUUUGCAGGGGAACUCCUUCUUUGUGAUGACCAACUUUCUUAAGACAGAAGGCCAAGAGCGGGGUUUGUGUCCCGAGUAUCCUACCCGUGCGACACGCUGUUCCUCUGACAAGGGCUGUAAAAAGGGAAGGAUGGACCCACAGGGCAAAGGCGUCCAGACUGGAAGGUGUGUAGUGUAUAAAGGGGAUGUGAAGACCUGUGAAGUCUCUGCCUGGUGUCCCAUUGAAGAAGCGGAAGAUGCCCCCCGGCCUGCACUCUUGAACAGUGCUGAAAACUUCACUGUGCUCAUCAAGAAUAAUGUCCACUUCCCUGGCCACAACUACACCACGAGGAACAUCUUGCAAGAUUUAAACAUCACUUGCACCUUUCACAAGACCAAGAAUCCACAGUGUCCCAUUUUCCAACUAGGAAAUAUCUUCCAAGACACAGGAGAUAAUUUUUCAGAUGUGGCAAUUCAGGGAGGAAUCAUGGGUAUUGAGAUCUACUGGGACUGCAACUUGGACACGUGGUUCCAUCACUGCCGGCCAAAAUACAGUUUCCGUCGCCUUGAUGACAAGACCACUAAUGAAUCUUUGUACCCUGGCUACAAUUUCAGAUACGCCAAGUACUAUAAGGAGAAUAGUGUUGAAAAACGGACUCUGAUAAAAGUCUUCGGGAUCCGUUUUGACAUCCUGGUUUUCGGCACCGGAGGAAAAUUUGACAUUAUCCAGCUGGUCGUGUACAUCGGCUCAACCCUUUCCUACUUUGGUUUGGCCAGUCUGUUCAUUGACUUUCUCAUCGACACUUACUCUAGUAAAUGCUGCCGAUCCCAGAUAUAUCCCUGUUGCAAGUGCUGCGAAUGCUGUGCAGUCAAUGAAUACUACUAUGAGAAGAAGUGUGAGUCCAUUGUGGAGCCAAAGCCGGUAUUAAAAUAUGUGUCCUUUGUGGAUGAAUCCUACAUUAGGAUGGUGGAUGAGCAGCUACUUGGGAGAAGUUUGCAAUAUAUUAUAGGCGAAGAGGUCCCAAGACCCUUGAUGGACUUCACAGAGUUGUCCAGGCUGCCCCUAUCUCUCCACAACCUACCUCCUAUUCCUGGACAACAAGAGGACAUACAGCUAUUGAAUGAACAGGGGACUCCUAGAUCAGGCAACGUGCCAGACUGGUGCCAGUGUGGAAAUUGCCUUCCGUCUCAACUUCCCGAGAGCCACAGGUGCCUGGAGGAGCUGUGCUGUCGGAAAAAGGCAGGUGCCUGCAUCACCACCUCGGAGCCAUUCAAAAAGCUUGUCCUGUCUAGACAGGUUCUAAAGUUCCUCCUGCUCUACCAGGAGCCCUUGCUGGUACUGGAUGCAGAUUCCACCAACAGCCAGCUGCGGCAUUGUGCCUACAGGUGCUACAACACCUGGCGCUUCAGCAAACAGGACCUGGCUGACUUUGCUAUCCUGCCUAGCUGCUGCCGUUGGAGGAUCCGGAGAGAGUUUCCCAAAAGUGAAGGCCAGUACAGUGGCUUCAAGCAUCCUUACUGAUGGCAUGAGGGUGAACAGUCAUAUUAACAUUACCUUUGCUUGAUCAAGGUUGAACUUCACCUGCAAAGAUCUGUAGUCAAAUUUCCAACUAAACAGAAAUGUGUUUUCCUCUCCUAGACUUCUGUAUGUGUCUGGGAGCAAAGUGCACAAACAAACUGGAAUGCCUCAGCAUGGACUGAGAGUCACAAUAUUUGGAUGUAUAUAUCAGUUCUGUCCCUGAGAAGCUGUGUACAAGAUCCUAGGCUUUUAACCUCUGUACCUCAGCUACCUUAUUAUUACCCAACCUACUAUUUCACAGAGAUGCUGGGAGGACAAAUUGAGACAGCAUACAUGAGCUUCCUUGUUAAUGCAUAAAGAGCUACAUGAAUGUAAACAGCUCAUUAUGAGGCCAGACUAGAAUAAUGUCCAAAUAUGAACAAACAGCUUGGUCCUGGUUAAAGAAUGUAGAGCAUUAAAAGUGGCCAAAUAUCCUUUGGCACUUCUCCUCCAGAACCUGAGAAUUAUGUUUCCUACCCUUGCCUUUGGAUAAUUCUGAUUGCUUUAUUCAAUAGUGGAAGUGACACCGUGUCAGCCUCAGGGUCUUGGUCUCAAGAAGCUGGCAGUUUCCACUUCCUGUUCUUUGACAAGCCAGUCCCCAAGUAAAAGCCUGAUUAUCCUGAGACCAUCCUUCUGUGAGGAAGCCCAAGCAGCCUCCUAGAGGGAUACCCAACCAGCUCUCAGCUUUCAGGACAUCCAAGCCCAGUCUUGACCUGGAAGAGAAGAAGCCUUCAGAUGAUUGCAGACCCUGCUAACAUAUGACUACCACUGCAUCAGGGACCUCAAGUGAGAGCUGCCAGUGAACAAAGUGGUUGUUUUGAACCACUAAAUUUUGGGUUGUUACACAGCAACUGAUACUGGGACAGAGAACAAGCCUGACUCAUGGGAACAUAGAUGCCGCCCAUCCAUCCCUUGGUUCCAAGGUUUUUAGGGAGCCUGGACCACCCUUGGAGCCCCUCGGGGCUUAGGUUUCUAUUUGGCAGUUCUAGGAGGGCUACAGACCAAAUCAGGUAGCCCACCAGACCAGCCCUGGAGUUCAUCAAAUCUAACUGCCCAGCUACCCAAUACAUUCCAAUCCUUAGCAUAUUUCUAUGAGUCAAAGUAACUAGUACUAUUAAAAACUGGAAAUGGCUGCCUUUAUACCUUUAACAUCCUGUACUUCGCAGCCAGUUGGAAUGGAUGCAGUCUGGAUGCUACUUAAAAAGCAACCCACACCCAAACCUUUACAAUUUUUAUACAUCAACUGCUAAGAAUAUGAAAAUGGAUAGUCACAUGUUUCAGGAUCCUCCUGCAGGAUUUCCUUUUCAUGGUUUUGGUACUGGAACUGACUAUUUCUAAACAACUGUGUAAAGACUACAUAGAGACCACCAUUCAAUACUGUGACUGAUGAAGGAUCUAUGAGUUUUUUUAUACAUACCUUAGAUCUACCAUUUUGAUACUUUUUUAAAACCAGCAGCUUUCUAUUGCAUUAAUGUAAAUAUGAACAAAAUGCUUCUUUUUUGGACCCAGGAUUUUAUCUGGACUCUUAAAAUCAGGAAUUAAGUAGGAGAGACUCAUCUUUCAUUUUUACUACCUUUCAGAGAUUAUUUUUGAAAGGUGGAUUAUGUAUGAUUUCUUCAGAAUUUCAAGUUUUACUCUGAGAAUUCUACAUCACAGCUACAGAGUUCCAUCCUAAUGACCUGAGUCCUAUACCUUUAUUUUUUGGUACCUUACUCCUAGCAUGUUUUAAUUACCUCAUGGAGGUCCCAGAUGGGGUCAAAAUUUAGAAUGGCAAAUAAUCACUGGAUCCAGCUCCUGUUUUCCCUCACCUUCCCCACAGAUGCUUUAGGUGAGAGGGUGAUGUCUUAUGUCAGCUGUGAGUAAAAUGUCUGACACUUCCUAUAAUAACGUACAUCAUGUUUGUAUUCUUAUUUUUAGUCUACUGCAUAAAAUAAUGUCAUCACCAAAGACAUCCCAAGGAGAAUCACAUUUUGUAGGAUCUGUUUUCUUGUACUUAAAUGCAUUCAUCUGUUAUGGUAACUGCACAGUAUUCAUUACUUCAUUUUUGAAUUGGUCAGUAUGGGGAAAAACCCACACACAUUUGGUGUCUGAAGUGUUAUGAGUAGCAAAACAGGUUUUCUGUUAGGCAUUCAGUAGAGACCAAUGGUAGAAAAGGCUGCUGCUGUCAUGGAGAUAUGAAGAGAUAGACAUUAAUCAAAUCAAACAAAUGUAAACUUGCAUCUUGUGGCAAGUAUCAUGAUGAAGAUAAGUGAUGCUCUGAGAUCGUUAUAAGGGAAUUUGACCUCUUUGGGGAGAUCAGAGAAAUCUUUCCUGAGAAAGGAGCCUUUUAGCUGAAAUCCAAAGGAUAUGUAGUAGAUAACUAGGUGAAUAGGGUAGGAAAGAGCAUUCUAGGCAGUGAUGCUAGCAUGUGCAAAGGCCUUGAGGCAGAAAAAGCAAAGCCAGUUUAUAGAACUUAAUGGAGACCUGUAUGCCUGUUGCAUAAGUAGGAAGGGGAAGUAGGGAAUGAGACAAGACUGAGCAGGCAAGCAGGGGCUGGACUGCACAGAGUCUUGCAGGCCAUGGCAAGGAGUUUUGUCUCUGUCUAAGAAAGACCAGUAGAGAGCCUUGAAGGGUUUUAAGUAGGAGGCUGGUAAGAUUAUAUUUGAUUUUUAAAAAAUCAUUCUGGAUAAACAGAUUCAAGAUGGUGGCAUGAGAGGUGAGAUGGAGAACUCCUCCCAAAACCACAAAUAGUACAAAAUAUACUUAAUUAAUACAACUAACCCUAAAACAGCAACAAUAAGGCUGAACCAGACUCCAUACAGACAUCAUGAAUAGAGCAGACCUCAUGAAACAGGGUAACAUAUAAAAGCCUUAAUCCCUGAUCAUUUAAAGGGUGUCAGAUGAUCAGCUAUGGAAGUACAUUUUUCUAAUAUUCCUUUCUCUUAAAAAAAGAA